AAAAAGUCAACAAACAUUUCAAAGGUUUACAUGGAAAAAAUGGAUUGUGGCGAAUUGAAAGAAAAUAAAAAAUACGCCGUUGUAAAAUUCUUCUCUGAUAAUAGUUAUUCUGAAAUACCAACAGCGUGGCUUGUAAUAAAUGGAGAUAAGGAGCUGUGCUGGUGGCCGCCCCGAACAGCUAACGCUUCAUUGUUAAUAACAAACUGCACAAGUCCUACUUAUGAUUCGUGGAAUCUACACGAAGUUAAAAUAGUAAAAUACUGUUCUUCUCUUGAAUCUGCUAGAAAAAGUGCAGCUGAUGCCUCUUAUCAAACUACUGAUGAGGAACGAUUAGGACGUGGAAAAAGACAACAUGUAUUUUACAAUCGUUAUAGCAGCGACGAAGAGUAUAGUGAUACUAAUGCAAACUGCGUAUCUCGCAAGGCUAAAAAAAAAGUGGUUAACACAAGCGCUAAACUGUCUACCGUACCAUCAUGUCCCGACAAGUUUAUGUUAAACGAUAUUUACAAUAAUAAUAAAUCUGUAGACAUUAUAAAUAAUAAUGAUGCAAGAAGUGAUACUACUGAAGCUUCCGUAUCGCAACAUUAUAGUGAAAAAAGAAAGAAUUCUUCUGUGAAACCUGAUAACGUGCAAUUUAAUAUUGCAGAUGUGCCGAUAAUAAUAGAAGACUAUGUUCCAUCUACUAAAGUACGCGAAGAAGCAGAAGAGGACUCUAAUAUAAAAAAAUAUUUUAAGCAAUUACUGCGGAUGCAGGCAACAGCAAAUUUAUUCUUAGAAGACAUUAAGCAACGUGUAAGCAGGCUCGAGGAUGCAAUAAAAAGUAGUGCCGUUACAAUGAGAAACAACAGCGAUGAUAGUCUUAUAGCACAAAUAUUACCUCUUAGCUCUAUUGAAAAUAUAAAAGAAUUCGAGUCUUUACUAAAGAACACUGAUGAAGCGGUAAUGCAAUUUAAAGAAUUUUUACUAAAAAUUGGAGGCAAUAAUUUAAGAGAUACUAUUCAUCGCACUUUAUCAAAAGUAUUUACGAAUGAUUGUGCACUAAAGUGUUCCUGGAAAGGAAUACGAAAUAAUUUUAAAGUUUCAGAUUUAUAUUUCGUUAAAAUUAUGCGAAAAAUUAUUUUACAACAUUCACCUAUGACGGAGACGGAAUUCGACAACAUCGUAGCUGAAUGGCUACGUUUCGCAAAGCAAAGAAAACGAAGAGAAGAGAAAGGAAAAGAUAUAAUAGAAUGUGGACAAGGCACAGUAAUUAAUUCAUAA